AGUAGGGUCAUCACUACUUAGGAAUGUUAGUAAUAUUAUUCUUCUCUCCUGUGCUCUUCUCUCCAGGUACAUUCGCUGUCAGAAAGAAGUCGGAAAAAGUUUUGAAAGGCAUAAGCUGAAGAGACAAGAUUUAGAUGCUUGGAACCUCUAUAAGAUCUUGGACAGCUGUAAGCAGCUGACCGCCUCUCAGGGAGGCAGCGAAGACGACACGGCUGGCAUGGUGACUGUCAUCACCGGCUUCCAACUCCAGGACCCCAGCAAACUUUCUGCUCCCAUGCAGUCCGCGAUCCAAGCAGCGGCCAGCGCCAGCAUUGAGAUCCAAAAUGUCGUGGAGUUUUACAAGCAGUGGAAGGAGAUGGGCUGAGCCCCCUUGGGUAUCCCCGGGUUGGUUGAAGCUCCGUCUGCCCGUCUCUGGACGCACCGCAUCGGAACGCAAGAACGUCACACCGCAGGCGCUAACCUUGGACACGACGCAAUCGCGGCGGCAACCCACCAAAUGACACCCGAGCCACCGGGGGUGUGUGUGCGCCAAACACCCAGGCGCGGGGGCACACACACACACAACAUGAACGCAAACUGCCCCGCCAUCACCUCCCCUCCCCGCAGAGGAGGUGGCGCACGUGGGGACAUUGCAGCCCCUCUGGGGGAAGAGAGGCGCACCUUGGCCAUGCCCCGGAGAGACGGGCGGGGGGGGGGGGCCCAUUCUGACGCUCGCUCGGUUUCUCGUCAGAAAGGCGCUGGCAGCUCGGCUUAACAAUGAAACAAACAAACAAAAAAGGAAAAAUUCCCUUGAUUUUUGCCCCCCUCCUGUCUCCUCACUGCAGGAAGAAACCUCCCCAAGGGGGCCUGCGUGAUCCUGGCGGGAAUCGACCAGGAUCGCCAGAGGAGGCUCUUUCGGAAACCGGCUGUGGGGGAAAGGGGCACGCUCUCCUCUUCGUUUUUAACUUAAAUGUUCCUUUUUCCCCUAGUCCCCCUUCAUUGUGUUUCUCGAGCGAAAUUGACUCUUUUGGCGGGGAGGGGGCUGCCCUCGUUCCAGGGCGAGACAAAGGGAGGCUGGUGUGCCAGUCGGACUCCGAAACCUUGGAAGGAUGGCCAAGAGUAGCACGGGACCUGGGAAAAAGUUUUAGGAUGGAAGAUACUUAUUUCCUGGCCCUGUUUCUCUUUCUCUACCUUUGUCCUUUUUUAAAAAAAACAACCCCCCCCCCCCCUUCUUUCCCCUUUUCCUCCUCCGCAGCCCCGGGGCCUUUGCAUGCUGUCUGUCCCACUCCCCAUCCACCCCACCCCACCCUUUCCUGGAUGCAAGGGGGUGAGUAACCCUUGCAAAGGGGAAAAGCCAGCCAGACUCUUUGUGUCAUUGCCUGGAGAAUGGGAAAGGGGCUUUCUAGAUAAAAAGGGAGGGAAAUUC